AUGAGCAAUACGAACCACCAUGAGGCGGCCGAGUCACGGGCCCAGGGCGAUACAACUUCGGCAAGUUUUGAUGCGGAAAAAGUGCCGCCAGCUCCUAGCGGAAACCUCAGCAUCGUCUUCACGGACAUCAAGGAGUCGACUGCUCUAUGGGAGACGCUCCCUGGGCCUAUGGAACGAGCCACUGAGAUGCAUAACCGUGUUAUAAGAGACACGAUCUCACUCUAUGGCGGCUACGAAGUUAAAGUAAUAGGCGAUGCAUUUAUGAUUGCCUUCCCAACAGCAGCCUCAGCUUUGCUAUGGUGUAUGAAAGUCCAAGAACAACUUCUGCGUACGGAAUGGCCGCCAGAAAUCCUAGAGCAUACCCAUGGAAAAGAAAUUCGCGACAACAACGGCGAGAUAAUUUUCUGCGGCCUGUCUGUGAGGAUGGGCAUUCACUGGGGCAACCCCAUUGCUAAGGAAGAUGAAGUGACUAGGCGGAAGGACUAUAUUGGCCCUAUGGUUCAUCGAGCGGCUCGCGCACUCGAAUUCGCAGACGGAGGUCACAUUGUCGUAACUGGUGAAUCGCUAGUUGAGCUUCGAAGAGAACUCACUAUGACGGAACAGGAAGGUACGGCUGAGGAAACUGGGGGAAAUGCACGUAAGCAAGCCUAG